AUGGAUGUCCCCGGCCACGUCGUCCGCGCCCACCUCGCCGACCCCGACGACGCCACCGACUCCGACUCCGACGACGGCCGCCGCCGCAGCGUCCGGGUAAUCGAUCUGCUUCCGCCCUCCGCAAGGGCGCCCCAAAGGAAGAAGCUUGUGCACUGCCCCAGCGACGAUCGCCCGGGCGGGGAGCGGCAGGGCCAGGGGAGGGGCCGCCGCCAGUUCCGCGGCGUGCGGCAACGGCCGUGGGGCAAGUUCGCGGCGGAGAUCCGCGACCCCAACCUCGGGAAGCGCGUCUGGCUCGGCACCUUCGACACCGCCGAGGAGGCCGCCGCCGUCUACGACGCCGCCGCGAUCCGCCUCCGCGGCCGCCGGGCAGUCACCAACUUCCCCUUCUCGACGUCUUCCGCGACGCCGUUCUCGUCCGUGCCGUCGCCGAUGAGCUCGACGGCAAUCGCCCCUACUCCUACUCCUCCGGUGCGUUCCUCCGAGGCGGAGAGCUCCUCGGCCUCUCCUCCGUCCAUCCAAUCGUCGUCGGUGGUCGAUGCGGACGAGGACGUGGUGGGGAUGCGGUGGUUUGAGGACGAGCCUGCGUUCGAAUCGAUGGAGUUCUGCCUGCCGUCGGCGCCGACGGCUGGCCAGUGUGAGUUCGGCGACCUCGGUGAUCUCGACGACCUCUUCUCGCCGGAGCUGGAGCCGGCGAGCCGUAAUUUCCCUGGGGAAAAUUUUCGUCUUUAA